AUGACCUCGCGUGACGGUUUCCAAUGGACCUCUGAGACUGGCCUUGUCCAGGGCGUCCCUUCAAUUGGCGUUAUCUCCCCGCCAUCCAACAUCCCUGCAGCAGAAUCGGGGCCUUGGGAUGUCAUCGUAGUUGGCGCCGGUUAUUCUGGUUUGACAGCGACCCGAGACUUGUGUCUUGCCGGCCAUAAGGUGCUUCUCGUUGAAGCUCGCGAUCGUAUCGGUGGUCGGUCCUGGUCAUCCAACAUUGGAGACUAUCCCUUUGAGCUGGGUGGUACAUGGGUGCAUUGGGGGCAGCCUCACGUGUGGCGGGAGAUUUCAAGAUAUCAAAUGCGGCAGGAGUUGGAGGAAUCAUUCGAUUUCUCACGUGGUGUCAACCAUUUCCAACUCCGCACAAGUGAAGGCGAUAAUUUAAUGAGCCAUGAUGAAGAGGAUGCCCUUCUUGCCGGUGCCCUAGGCAAAUUCGUCAACGUUGAUGGAGCAAUGGGUCGGAAGAUCAUCCCUUACGCCCAUGAUGCAUUCCACGUCCCCGAAUCGCGUCAAUAUGAUAAACAGUCCGCUGCCGACCGCCUCAAAGAGAUCGCGCUCUCCCUUACACCGAAUGAACGUGCCGUCUUGGAGGGUUUUGUCCUGCUCUGCAGUUGCGGUACCCUUGAAACAACCAGUUUCUUCGAGUUCCUGCAUUGGUGGGCCCUGUGUGGCUACACUUACCAGGGUUGCAUGGAUGCAUUGAUCUCUUACAAAUUCAAAGGUGGUCAAUCCUCUUUUGCGAUCAAAUUCUUCAAAGAGGCACUUUCGACUGGCAAGCUGUCCUAUGCUUUCAACAGCCCGGUUCAGUCGAUCAGCGACGAGGUAGACAAAGUUACACUGACAACCCGGAACGGUCAACAGUAUACCGGUUCUCGCUUGGUUUCUACAAUUCCCUUGAAUGUGCUAAACACAAUCUCUUUCAACCCACCUUUGGACUCUCAGCGUGCCUCUGCAGCCAACACCGGCCAUGUCAACCAGUGCGUUAAGGUGCAUGCCGAGAUUUCCGACAAGAAUAUGCGCUCUUGGACGGGCAUUGCAUACCCCUUUAACAAGUUGACGUAUGCCAUUGGUGAUGGAACCACCCCUGCUGGAAACACCCACAUUGUCUGUUUUGGUGGAUUCCACAAUCACCUUCAGCCCGAAGAGGACAUAAACGAAACUAGAAAGGCUGCCCAGAGCAUGGCACCUGGAAACAUGGACAUCAAGCGAUUGGUUUUCCACAACUGGUCGAAGGAUGAAUUUGCCAAGGGUGCCUGGUUCUUUUCUCCUCCAAACCUCUUGUCAACUUCGCUUGACGCACUGAGGUCGCGGCAUGGAAAUGUUCUGUUUGCCAAUUCCGAUUGGGCUGUUGGCUGGCGUAGCUUCAUUGAUGGAGCUAUUGAAGAAGGAACUCGUGCUGCAUUCACCGUGACCGAGGACCUACGAGGCGCAUCUACCUCCCGGUCACGCUUGUAG